AUGAAGAAGACCACGUCACAGAAGCUAACAGUGAAGGAGUCACAGAAGCUAACAGUGAAGGAGUCACAGAAGCUAACAGUGAAGGAGUCACAGAAGCUAACGGUGAAGGAGUCACAGAAGCUAACGGUGAAGGAGUCACAGAAGCUAACGGUGAAGGAGUCACAGAAGCUAACGGUGAAGGAGUCACAGAAGCUAACAGUGAAGGAGUCACAGAAGCUAACAGUGAAGGAGUCACAGAAGCUAACGGUGAAGGAGUCACAGAAGCUAACGGUGAAGGAGUCACAGAAGCUAACGGUGAAGGAGUCACAGAAGCUAACAGUGAAGGAGUCACAGAAGCUAACAGUGAAGGAGUCACAGAAGCUAACAGUGAAGGAGUCACAGAAGCUAACAGUGAAGGAGUCACAGAAGCUAACAGUGAAGGAGUCACAGAAGCUAACAGUGAAGGAGUCACAGAAGCUAACGGUGAAGGAGUCACAGAAGCUAACAGUGAAGGAGUCACAGAAGCUAACAGUGAAGGAGUCACAGAAGCUAACGGUGAAGGAGUCACAGAAGCUAACGGUGAAGGAGUCACAGAAGCUAACAGUGAAGGAGUCACAGAAGCUAACAGUGAAGGAGUCACAGAAGCUAACAGUGAAGGAGUCACAGAAGCUAACGGUGAAGGAGUCACAGAAGCUAACAGUGAAGGAGUCACAGAAGCUAACAGUGAAGGAGUCACAGAAGCUAACAGUGAAGGAGUCACAGAAGCUAACAGUGAAGGAGUCACAGAAGCUAACAGUGAAGGAGUCACAGAAGCUAACAGUGAGGAGUCACAGAAGCUAA